AUGAUGCUGAAAUCUUGUCCAGCGUUGGUCAUAAAGAUUGAAGAGGUGAAUCCUCCACACACCAACCCAAAUCUAUCUGUGAAUGAGGAAAAGCAGGAGGAGCGUCUGAGGAUCGGAGAAUUUUUCUACGGCGUGAUGGAAAACACCAAUAACAGCAACUUCAGCAUUGAUUACAAUAACAUUGAGAAUACUUAUCACGUCUUAAGGGACUAUAUUUACUUCAAGGGAGGAUUGACCAAUGUAGUGCAUCUGGUCAUCAUCUGCAUUGGACUUCCUUUGAACCUAGUCUCCAUAUUUUUAGUUUUCAAACUGGUGAGUAAAGUGAAAAAGGGCAACUGUGCUCCAGUUUACGUCGUCAACCUUCUCAUUUCUGAUCUCAUUCAGCUCUGCAGCAGCAUUGCACUGAUGGCACAUGAACAUAACGUCCCCUUUUUCUCCUACAUGAUAGGCCUAAUGGCCAGUGUUGGUUUCAUGGUGUGUCUGUCACUAGAAAGAUACAUGAUCAUUGCCAAGCCUAUGUGGUACACAUUCCAGCGGGACAUCAGGGGAGCUUUCACUGUGUGUGCUGUGGUCUGGAUCCUCCCUUUUGUUUUUCUCACCACUUUUUAUAUUCAGGUCGAUUCUGGAAUUAAAAAGAUAAUCUUUUCCAGUUUCCUCCUCCUCCCUUUUCCCUCAUUCAUCUUCUUCACAGUUGGCACCAUAAAAUCUCUGUCUGCAGCACAUGGUUAUAUCCUGCUGUUCCUGCCGGUCAUCAUUUAUAUUCUUUUAGAUAUAAAUGAACAACAGCAUCCUAGUUUCACCAGUCUGGCCUUCAUUUGUGUUUAUAUUAGUCCUCUUGCAGACACAGCGAUGUACGUGCUUCUUAGGGAAAGUGUCAUUGACAAAGUUUUGGCUUCAUUGUGUUGCUGUGAAAUGUCCAACAAGCAGGAAAUGACAAACCUGCAGCUCAUCCACCGUCAUCAGGAGAUGGAUUUAAGGACGUGGUCGCCAGUCCUUCAACACCUGAGGGUUACUACCUCAGAUUUUAAGAUCUGGUCACCAGAGUCUCAUGCUCAUUUCCUCAUGAACUCUGUUGUUCCUGGACAAUCCCUCAUGGCUGUCUCUGUCCCACUCCCUCUGCUGCUGCAAAACCUGUCUGCCCUCCAACACAAGGCUGCCUCAACUCCCUGGAUACUCACCUGGAGAUCAUGA